GCAUUAAGUGGGCGGAUGUAAUGAUUUCGAUGGGAAGAAAUAAUAUUCAGCAUCGAAGGAAUAACAACUGAAAUCAUCCCGUCCUGCAGCAUGCACCUAUGUGAAUGUGGAGAAUGACCAGCAAUGUCCAAGUUGAACAUUCCACCCUUUGUGCCUGCCCGGACUGUGCUGGAAGGCCUCGAGUCAGAGGAUGCGUGUGAAGACAAGAAAGCUGUAAAAAAGGAGAUCCAUAGCAAAAAGGGAGCCAAAAAGGACAAAAUGGAAGAGGAGAAUACAGACCUGCUCAGACUUUGCCACACAGUACCGCUGGAGGUGGUGAACUUAGGUGGGAAAGGUUACGAUCCAGAGAAGAAAGACUACUCAGGUUUUGAGGCCUGGUUGCAGUGUUACUAUGUGGAUGGAAUGAAGUCUGUACGCGACCACAAUGGCAGGACUAUGUGGUUCAAAGGCGAUCCAGGUCCUAUGGCUCCUAAAGAAUCAAAGUCUCCAAAGGCCAAAAAGAGAAAAGAUACAGAUGCAGACCAUGAUUACCCCCGCAAGAAAAAGGUGUCCAGGAAACACAACUCUGACAGCACAGUGAAGAAAAAAGCAGCCAAAAAGCCCACAAAAGCAGCAAAGGAAGAAGAAAAUGGACCUCAAGAAGAAGCCACACCCAGAAGAAGAUCAGCAAACACACCUCAGCAAGAACCGAAAUCCACGUCAGGCAGGAGGAAAAAGAACAAUACAGAGCCAGCUGCAGGUCUGAUUCUAAUAAUACUCCCAUUUUCUGAAAAUAUUAAGAGCCUGAUCUUUGAGGAUCCAAUUCCCACACACUUAUCUGUGUGCGCAAACUAUAAAAUUGCAUGUACUGUUGGUGGACGUGUUGUAUGUGAUCUACUUUGUGCAAUUGAUAGCAGCAAAAGUGGCACAGAUCACCCUAUUUUUGUGUACUAGAAGCAUUAUGUGCCCUUGGAAACACUUCUUUCCCUCUACAUUCAUGUUAUUAUGCUCUCCACACUGGAGGGGGGCUUAUAUUAGAUUAUAGCACAUAUCGAUCAUCUAACACCUUUUCUGCAAUAUAGAAUAACAGUAUGUAUACUAUUUGCAGCAGGAAUGAUCAAACUGCAUAUUGCAAGACAUUUUUUUUAGGAGUUAUACUAAAUACAAAAAAAAAAAACGCUUUUGUUCUUGUUCCCAAUUUAAAUGAACUCAAAGAUCGAAAACUUUGACUAUAAACACAAAAUACCUGUUCCUCUCAAAUAUUGUUCACAAAUCUGUAUACAUUUGUUAGUGAGCAUUUUUUCUUUGCCAAGAUAAUCCAUCCCACCUGACAGGUGUGCCUUGAGCUGUCCAAAAUAAAAGGCCACUGUGAAAUGUGCAGUUUUAUCACACAACACAAUGCUUCAGAUGUCGCACGUUUUGAGGGAGCGUGCAGUAGGCAUGCUGACUGCAGCAAUGUCCACCAGAGCUGUUGCCCGUCAAUUAAAUGUUUAUUUCUCCGCCAUAAGAAUAGAAUAGAAUAGAAAGUACUUUAUUGAUCCCUGGGGGAAAUUCAGCACCACAGUUCGCUCACAAUAAACAAUGAUAAUAAUAAAUAAUAUAAUAUAUAUGAAUAAUAUAAAUAUAUUCUACAUUUAAGUGCAGUCAAGGAACAUAUGCAUUAUACAGUCUGAUGCCUGUCGGUGUGAAGGACCUCCUGUGUCGUUCCGUGUUGCAUUUUGGGAGUCUGAGCCUUCCACUGAAGGUGCUCAUUCUCUCUGCAAGGUCCGAGUGUAGUGGGUGGGAGGUGUUGUCCAUAAUGGCUAGGAGUUUUGCUAGACUUCUCUCUGACACCACCGCCAGAGAGUCCAGCUCCACUCCCAUCUUGUUACUGGCCUUCUCUACCAACUUGUCCAGUCUGUAUGUGUCCCUCACUCUCAGCCCACUGCCCCAGCAGGCCACGGCGUACAAGAGGGCGCCUGCCACCAGCGACUCGUAGAACAUCUUCAACAUCUUUGUACAGACGUUGAAGGAUCCUAGCCUCCAAAGGAAAUAUAGAUUCGGCUCUGUCCCUUCUUGUAGAGGGCCUCAGCGUGUUUUGACCCAUUCAGCUUGUUGUCCAUGUGUACUCCGAGGUAUUUAUAAUCCUCUACCAUGUCCACAUCCACCCCCUUGAUGGAAAGAGGGGUCGCCAGAGUACUCUUCCUCCUUCCCAGGUCCACAACCAGCUCCUUGGUCUCCGUAACAUUGAGCUGGAGGUGGUUCUUUCCACACCAUGUGACAAAGUCCUCCACCAGUGUCCUGUAUUCCUCGUCAUCACCUUCCUCAAUACACCCCACUAUCGCAGAGUCAUCAGAAAACUUCUGAAGGUGGCAGGACUCUGACUGAUAGUGGAAAUGGGUGGUGUAAAUGGUGUAGAGGAAGGGGGAAGAGUACUGUAGCCUCCGGGGCCCCGGUGUUGCUGACCAGCCUGUCAGACACACAGUCCUGCAGUCGCAUAUACUGUGGUCUGUCAGUCAGGUAAUCUACAACCCAGGACACCAAGGGGGCCUCCACCUGCAUCUUCUCCAACUUCACACCCAGUAGCCCAGGCCGUUUAGUAUAAGCCGCCUCCAAAGGUGUUUCAGAGAAUUUGGCAAUACAUCCAACUGGCCUCACAGCCGCAGACCAUAUUGAUUGGCUGAGACCUGCCACCCGGACAGCUGCUACAACAAUUGGUUUGCUUAACCAUAGCAUUUCUGCACAAACUGUAAGAAACUACCAUGAAUUGAUUAACGUGGACCCCGACUUAAACAAGUUGAAAAACAUAUUGGGGUGUUACCAAUUAGUGGUCAAUUGUACGGAAUAUGUACUGAACUGUGCAAUCUACUAAUAAAAGUAUCAAUCAAUCAAUCUGUCUCAAGAAAGCUCAUCUGCAUGCUCGUGGUCCUCAUCGGGGUCUCGACCUAACUGCAGUUUGUCUUCUUAACCAACUUGAGUGGGCAAAUGCUCACACUCAAUGGCGUCUGGCACAAUACAGAGGUUUUGGUAUGUUAUUAUUGACAGCGAAACCACGUGCAUUUUAUUGAUGGCAUUUUCCAUGCGCAGAGAUACCGUCACGAGACCCUGAGCCCCAUUGUUGUACUAAUCACCCGAGGCCAUCACCUUUAUAAAUAACAUUUACUAACUCAUGUUGCAAGGAUCUGGAAGCUAAAAACAUCCCAGUUCUUGCAUGACCAGCAUACUCACCGGACAUGUCACCCAGUAAGUAAUUUUUGAGAGGAAUAUAUAUUUUCUGUAUAGUAAAAGUUUCAGAUCUUUAAGUUCAAUUCAUGAUAAAUGGGAGCAAAAACAAAAGUGUUGCGUUUAUAUAUUUGUUCAAUACCAUAUUUUUCGGAGUAUAAGUCGCACCUGCCGAAAAUGCAUAAUAAAGAAGGAAAAAAAACAUACAAGUCGCACUGGAGUAUAAGUCGCAUUAUUGGGGGGAAAUUUAUUUGAUAAAAGCCAACACCGAGAAUAGACAUUUGAAAGGCAAUUUAAAAUAAAUCAAGAAUAGUGAAGAACAGGCUGAAUAAGUGUAGGUUAUAUGAGGCAUAAAUAAGCAACUGCUAUGUUAAGCUAACAUAUUAUGGUAAGAGUCAUUCAAAUAACUAGAACAUAUAGAACAUGAUAUACCUUUAACAAACUAUCUCUCACUCCUAAUCCAUAAAUCCCAUGAAAUCUUAUACGUCUAGUCUCUUACGUCAAUGAGAUAAAUAAUAUUGAUAUUUUACGGUAAUGUGUUAAUAAUUUCACACAUAAGUCGCUCCUGAAUAUAAGUCGCACCCCCGGCCAAACUAUGAAAAAAAAACUGCUACUUAUAGUCCGAAAAAUACGGUGCAUAUUUUCUAAAUCAAAAAAGGAAUACCAUUAAAAAACAACAUAAAUUAAUAGACUUUGGUUUAAUCGGCCCUUUAAGUUGUCCAGCAGCUAUAAAAUGAUAUUGCUGAAUAUAUAUCUUCUUCUUUUUAUUUCUAACAGUCCAAAUAUGACAUGCACACGUAGAACAAAGGCUUCUCUGUUCAGUUGUCUUUGCAGCGUGAUGGCCUCCUUUCUCACAGCCCUGUGUGCAACUAUGUCAGUUGUCUUUGCAGCGUGAUGGCCUCCUUUCUCACAGCCCUGUGUGCAACUAUGUCAGUUGUCUUUGCAGCGUGAUGGCCUCCUUUCUCACAGCCCUGUGUGCAACUAUGUCAGUUGUCUUUGCAGCGUGAUGGCCUCCUUUCUCACAGCCCUGUGUGCAACUAUGCCAGUUUGCACGCAGAUUUCAGACUUUUUAAGAGGCACGAUACUGCCUGCAGGACACUUUCAGCAUUGAUAAAUCUCACUGUUCAUGUUGAGUGAUUUGUAUUUGCAUUUUCUCCUCCCAGUAUUGUGGGCACUCUGAUAAUCAACAUAUAUUCUGCAUACAUCAUUAAGACAAAUAUGUUAAAUGGAGGGAAUAAGCGAUAGAAAAUGGAUGGAUGGGAUGGAUUGCACUCCUUAUUUUGCUCAUUAAUCGACAAAUAUUUAGAUCAGCUUUGCGUGUGCUAACAAGUUUGCAUGUGUUUUGAUACACAUAAACCUUUUGUAGAUUAUACUGUAAGUGUGGUAAACUUACUUUUUGUUGCAGGCUUCAAGACACGUAGCGGGAGACUGACAAGACAGAAUGUCAAGUAAAGGACAUCUAUUGGAAAAUACUGUUUUUAUUCCAUGAUACAUAUUUUUAAUAAACAUUCCACACGUUUA